CCCCUUUAGCUGUACAUUAGCCGUGCAUUAGCUGCACAAUAACUUUCCACGUUCCCUCUCCCUUGCCAUACUCCACUCCCCCCUGCCAUUUCCUAUAGAAUCGCCUUAAAAUGCCAUCUGUCAUGGACGGCUAGAUCACUCUGGUCGUCUACCUAGACUAGGUAGUCGGGGAAGGCACGCAAUAUUGGUUCCUGCCGCUCUUCCUAGCGCAUCCGGAUGUUCAGCUGAAGAAAAAUGCGUGUCUUGCUGCUGUCUCACAGACUGGGUGCUGCUGUCUCACCACCGCUCCCCAUUGCCGCUGUGUAUCUCCAGAUUGCUGUGCCGCCGCUGACUGAAGUAGAGUUAGAUAUUACUCUACACCAGUCUAUCGCCGAUUUUCGCACGGCUGACUGGUUACCUACUUGCCAGCAAGCGCCCCCCCAUUCAGCCCACCACCGCACCGCUACAAGGGCCCAUACACCAUCCCUGCGUGCCUGAAAGCAGAUCAAACUCUGCGUCAAACCACAAACCAAGCAUUGUCAUAUGGUCAUAUCCUGCAAUCGCUUUUGGAUCGGAUUUGGCCCUCUCCCCCCACCAUGGAACUCCUGAUGAACCGCUCCGUACCUUGCUUGCUACUGGACCACUUCCCAAUGUCCCUCCCCAACAUUUGUCAACUUCUUCUUCGCGCUACACUGACACUGACGUGUUGAUUCUGUCCCUCGUUUCAGUGCUGGCGUGUGCGGUAUCUUCUUGUCAUAUAUCUUCUUCUUGUCAUAUUCGUCGCGGUCAACGGAUUGCAGAGGAGAGACACCAUGCACUCCUGCGUCUCCUGUUGAGCGCGUUUCUCACUUUCCUUAGCCAGAGCGUACUCCAGACAGCUGUUCGUCGUCUCUGACGUACACCCUUAUAUGUCGACCUUCGUUCGGUAAUACACUCUUUUAUUUUGGCUCCUCCUUCAUCACUCUUUCGAUUGAGGUUCAAACUAGUCGCCAUUAUGGGUUCCUUCCGCUCAUUACUCUGCGUCAUCGUUUUAUACGGCCUCUACUUUGGUCUAAUCAGCGCCCAAACCACCAUACCACGCCGAGAGGUUGGUCUAUCAGGGCGAGACACGGGUCCCCUACCGGAUCUGGCCACGACUAUUGCGGAACCUACCACCACCAAAAGCGAAGCUUCAAUGACCUCGCUGUCUUCAGAGACAUCGAAGAGCUCCAGCACUUCCACCACUAAAACCUCAACACGUUCGCAGACGACUACAUCCGCUCCCGCAGCUACGAGCGCCGCGGACGCCAUUCGAACAUCAGACUAUAAGACGGCGGCUCCCGAUCCACUUCCCCUCCAGCCUCGAAUAACGCCCGCAUUCGGCGUUGGAGGGGCGCUUCUCAUGAUAAGCGGCGCUGUAUUUGCAUUCGUCGGCAUACAGCAUAGGCUGAUAUACGUUUUCCUCUCUGCCGCGUAUCUGGGCAGCCUAUCAGUUACAGUCUUGAUCCUCUACGUCAUGAAUCCUGCCGUUCCUGACGCUACUCAAGGCGCUUAUCUUGUCGCCAUCACUGCAACCGGUAUAGUAUUCGGUGCGGGCGCUAUGUUCUUUCCCGAUUUGACAGAAGGCUUCGGAUGCCUUCUUGGCGGCUUCUGCCUCUCGAUGUGGCUAUUAGUCCUCAAACCCGGCGGCCUGCUUACUUCUACAACCUCAAUCACCAUUUUCGUCGUCGCUUUUAGUGCUGCGAUUUGGUCCACGGCAUAUAUUCCCUUCACUAAGCCCUACGGCCUCAUAGCGUCUCUUGCAUUUGGCGGUGCUACUGUUAUCAUUCUAGGUAUCGACUGCUUCUCGCGUGCUGGUUUGAAGGAGUUUUGGGUCUACAUUUGGAGAUUGAAUGAUAACGUCUUUCCCUUGGAUACCAACACCUACCCCGUAACACGCGGCAUUAAAGUUGAGAUUGCCGGAGUCAUCAUGAUCACCACAGUAGGGAUAUUGACGCAGAUGAAGCUGUGGAAGUUCAUCAAAAAGCGAAGGGACCGCAGGGCCGCGGCAAAGGCUGAGAAGAGGAAGAGUUUAGACAGGGAAGAGGAGAUGGUCGGGAGACGAGUGGAGUGGGAGAAUACCCGCACGAGGCAGCAAUGGGAGGCUGUCUAUGGUGAUGGCAAUAAUGAUACGAAAACUUACCUCUCCGUGGAUUCCGGGAUUGGUACCAUGAGCGGGAAAGGGCAGACUACGCCGCAGAUAACCGUCCAGAUGGAUGGAAUUGAGAUGUCGGAUCUGCCAAGCCCAACUGAGGGUAGUAUCAGUCGCACAGAUGGCAGCACAAUGGACGUUGGAGGUCUGACACGUGGCGUGCAUGAGAGUAACCCAGCCAGGCGUAUAUCGCGUGAUGAAGAAGCCCUUGCGGCCCUUGAGGGGUCUGUCUCGAGGCAGAGCUCUAUAUCAAACCGCAAAUCCCAAUCUCUCGACCCGCAGUCACCGACAGACGAAGAAUCUGUUUCACGUCGCAAUUCUCAACGCCUCUCCACGGGAUCGAAGAUUUUGAAUAGGCUGUCCAGCAGCUCUUUGGCGUCACAGAAGCACCUCUCUUCCGGCUCUAAGAUACUGCAUAGGUUAUCACAUAACAAAUCGACUUCGCAACACCGCCUAUCCAAGUCGCCAUCGAAGCACAGACUGACAGACAACAUGGAUGACUGGGAUCGCUCAUCCAGUAUCGCAGCUACGAUCGAUUAUCUCGAUUCAGAAGCUGACUACGAGGACCUCAGGAGUCUCCCGACAGGCACACCAAGGACAAGCAUGAUACUUGAUAAGGUUAUUGUUGGCGAAGAAGAAGAAACCACUUAUUCACCUCUCGACGACCAGACGAAAGAGAUGCCAGCUGAAAUGCCACCUUCUGAAAUGCCACCCUAUGAAACCGCGCCGCUCUCACCACCACCUUCCCUACGAAAAUCUCUUCUCCCACCUGCACCACCAAAGGUCGCAACAACAUUCCGCACACAAGAAUGGGCCAAACGCCUGUCCCUGGCCGAAACCCCCGCCGCACUCCCUAUCGAAGACACCACACCUCUCACCGCAAUAUCUCCCUCCCCCUCCAUCGAACUUGCCGAAUCCCCCGCCCCUGUCAACCCCGCAGCCCUAACCCAAACCGCCACCACGGGCUCGGUCGCCCCCUCCCCUAUGCGUCCUCAAUCCGCGGGCGCAUCCAUCCACUCCAAGUCGCCCAAACGCAGCAGCACGCGCACCUCGAUGCGCCACCCCGCCCUCCCGUACGCCAUCUCGCGCUCAACCUCCAUGCAGUCUCUCGCUGCGCCGCCACACGCCUACCACGCCUCGUCGAGCGCGGCCUACGGCCCUGGGGGUGCGCUGAUGGGCAGUCCGACGGAGGACGGAAUCGGGCCGCUCUGGUCGCCGAAUAUAAGCCCUGGAACGGCGAUGUCGCGAAUCUCUAGCGCGGGGUCGGUGGCGGGGUAUGGCUCGAUGCUGUCGCUGCCGGGGAGCGCGCAGCAGCAGGAGGCGAUGGCGAGGAAUGAGGGGAGUAGGAAUAGUCUCGGGUACCUAAAUAAGGGUGUAUUGAGGCCGGAGAUGGGGGAUUUGGAGGUGAUAGAUUUGCGGAGAAAGGAGCUGAUGGAGGAGAAGAUGAGGGUGGCGCGACUGAAGCAGGAUGAGGAAAUUCGGAAGAGGGUUAUGGAGGAGGUGUGGGCGGAGAGGAGCUUGAGGGAGGGGAGAGGGGGCAGGGUGCAUAGGGAUGGGUUGAGGAAGUUGAUGGCUGAGGGGAAGGUAGGGGUUUGA